UGGGUGCUGUGUGCUGCAGUCCCUGCUCGCGUCCGCGGCACUUUUACUUCCCCGUCCAGGACGCUGCUCCGCGAGCGCGGAAUGUUCCCCGAGCUCAAUAACCUCCUCAAUGCCUCCCCGGACCGGGCGGAGCCGGGGAAACUGACUCUGCUCUGUGAUGCUAAGACCGAUGGCAGUUUCCUUGUGCACCACUUUCUCUCCUUCUACCUCAAAGCUAACUGUAAGGUGUGUUUUGUGGCACUCAUUCAGUCCUUCAGUCACUACAAUAUCGUGGGACAGAAGCUGGGUGUCAGCCUGACCACGGCGCGGGAGCGCGGGCAGCUCGUCUUCCUCGAGGGCCUCCGGUCCGCGGUGGACACCUUCCGGGCCGACGGGGAGGCACGCCCCCUGCAGUUCCUCAGGGAGGCCAAGGCCGGCAGCCUGCAGCCGCUGUACGAGUUCGUGCGGGACGCCCUGAAGCCCGUGGACGAGGAGGAGGCUGCCUGGAGGCGCCCGGUGCUGCUGGUGGACGACCUCAGUGUGCUGCUGAGCCUGGGCGUGGGGGCGGUGGCCGUGCUGGACUUUGUCCACUACUGCAGAGCCUGCGUGUGCUGCCGGCUGCAGGGAAACAUAGUGGCCCUUGUGCACGCCAGCGGGGACGCCGAGGACGAGGAGAGCGACCUCCUGCUGAACGGCCUCAGUCACCAGAGCCAUCUGGUCCUGCGGGCCGAGGGCCUGGCCACCGGCUUCUGCAGGGACGUGCAUGGGCAGCUGAGGGUCCUCUGGCGGACACCAUCGCCGCCCGCCCCGCGGGGUCGGAGCCUCACUUUCCAGUACAAGAUCCAGGACAAGAGCGUGUCCUUUUUCGCCAAAGGAAUGUCGCCAGCGGUUCUGUGACCCGAAGGGCAGACGGAGCCCCCGGGCGGUUUCGGACACGGAGGGUGAAGCAUCUCUGCCUUCGCAGCCGUGUUCCCGGCUGGACUGCGCCCAGGGAUGAGCGGACUGUGGCGUGUGCCCUUGUCCCAUGUUCAGCAGACACGUCAGGAACCCACCCUGCUCUGCCGAGACGUGGGAGCUGGGUGAAGGGGUCCUCUGGAGCUUCCGUGGAACUCGUCAGCCGGCCGUUAGCUGUGCCUUGGAGCCAGAGUGCUGGCAGGGACAGUCCCGUCCCGAUGGCGGGCAUCCUCGGUGACAGACGAGGUCGUCCUGGCUGCCAUAGAGUGCGCCCCAGGCGCCCCACAUCCUGGCUCCGUGUGCAUCUCACCCAGUUUUCACCUUGACUUGCAAAGGUCCUUUCCCUAAGCCCAGCGAGGAAGCGGCUUAGGAAGCGGCUUAGCGAGGCGUGGAGGCCCGAGGAGGCCACACUGGCUGACCCAGCCUCCUGGGAAGGGGAGGGGCUCCACCUGGAUCUGUGGGGCCUAGGGAAGGGCACCUGCUGAGGGGAGGUGCUGCGGGGAACGGGUGGAGAGAACAGGACUAGCCACGAAACCAGUUCAGGUAGCAGGAAGCCCACAGGCUGCCCCCAGGAGAGCAGAGGUCCCCUCGGCUGGUGGUGUGGGUGCAGGAGCAGAGGUCCCCUCGGCUGGUGGUGUGGGUGCAGGAGCAGAGGUCCCCUCGGCUGGUGGUGUGGGUGCAGGAGCAGAGGCUGGGUGAGAAUUGGUGAUUCGGGGAAGCCGUGCCAUUGGAAGGGCCUCGGAGUGCUUCUGUUCUGUCUCUGAGGGCAUCGUAGCUCCCAGGAUUCAGAAAUGUCUUUUCCUUCUUUACUGCAGGGAAGGGGCUGUCUCUUUCUGGCUUAAGACAGUUCUGUAAGUGUACCCUCCCUUGUGACUCGUUUCGAACUCGUUACAGUCGUGCUUUGUCUCCGUGCUGGUCGCUAAAGAGCGCGGCAGCACUUGCUGAGAAGGUCACGCUCUUCACGUGCUGACUUAUUUACAAGUGAAGGUUCUAAAGUGGAGCCUCGUCCCGUUCCCCUUUCUAGGUGUUGGAAGGUUAGUGUGUCUGCUCAGGAGCCUUUAGUUUUUAUGUUGAUUUUAGAGAGAGAGACAUCGGCUUGUUCCACUUAGCUAUGCGUUGGUUGAUUCUUGUUUGUGCCCUGACUGGGGAUCGAACUCACACCUUGGUCUAUCGGGACAGUGUUCUCACCCACUGAACUACCUGGCCGGGGCCUCAGGAAUCUAUUGAAAGGGUAUUGUGCCCGCCCUAGCCGGUUUGGCUCAGUGGAUAGAGGUUUGGCCUGCGGACUGAAGGGUCCCAGGUUUGAUUCUGGCCAAGGGCACAUGCCCAGGUUGUGGGCUCCAUCCCCCGUAGGGGGCACGAAGGAGGCAGCCGAUCAUUGAUUCUUGAUGUUUCUAUGUUUCCCUCUCCCUCUCUGAAAUCAAUAAAAAAAUAUUUUUAAAAACAAGGGUUAUUGUGCCCACUUAUCCAGAUGACUUUCACCAGCACUUUGUCAAGUUCUAUAAAGUGUUCCUCAGAGACUUUUCCUCAUUUUUUAAAACUGGUUGUAUAAUUUUUUAUUAUUAGGUUUUUAAAUCUUUAUUGUUGCAAGUAUUACAUAUGCCCCCUUCCCCUCCCAUUAAUCUCCUCUAGCCCACCCCGGUCGUGUAAUUUUAUUAAAACUAAUGCAGAAAUCGAUUUAAUACCCUCUCAGAUGUUUUUUAGUUAUUGGAAAAGGACUUACCUGAUUUUAUUGAUUUUUUUUAAAUGGUAUUUUUGACAUAGUAAUGAGUUGACUUUUUAAAAAAUUUUUCUAAACUUCUAAUGAUUUUCAGAUUGAGACUCUUGAAUUUGUUAGAUAUUUCCCCCUUUUUAUAUAUCGUUAACAUCUGCAAAUAAUGGUACACACCUUGCUUAUUCCUCCCUUGAGACUUUAGUCAGCACUUUGCAAUUUGUGAAAUGAGAGUGUUGUGUAGGCAUUUGCUGUCCAGUUUCUGUUUUUAAGGGAAUAGGAGGCAUUUUCCUAUAAUACUUAAUUUUAAAAUAUAUUAUUAGUUUAAAAAAUGAGCUUGAAGAAGGAAAGGAGAAAGAAAUGUUCCUCCUCAACUCCUAUCCCCCCUUUUUUAAAAUAUAUUUUUAUUGAUGUCAGAGAGGAAGGGAGAGGGAGAGAGAGAUAGAAACAUCAAUGAUGAGAGAGAAUCACUGAUCGGCUGCCUCCUGCAUGCCCCACACUGGAGAUCGAUCCCACAAACUGGACAUGUACUCUUGGUUCAUAGGUCAACGCUCAACCACUGAGCCACACCCUUUUUAAAAAGGGCUUGACCAGUAAUCAUGACUCCUGUGGACUUUCUCGGCUUCCUUGAGGUUACGGCACUUUUUCCGGUUAUGGGUGUGCUGGCCGUGGUAACACCUCUCUGGUGUAUGACCCUUGAAUUCCUCCUGCAGUCUUGUCUUACUAGUACUUGUUACAUUUUCUAUAAGUUGCUCUUUGUUAGGCUUAAGAUUUUAAAAUUAAUAUUUAUUUUUUAGAUUGAUUUAUUAUGGUAGUAUGCCAUCUAUAGUUGUGAGCAAAGAUGGCCUCUAAUUAUUUUUGUCUGUAUUCGUCCAGUCAGGUUUGAACAUGAAAAUAAUACAUGCCACAUAAGCAAUAUUGAGGAACUUGCUGCCUUUUAUAUGCUCUGAAAGUCUUAGUGCUUUUUAUUCCAAGUUAGGCCUCGCAUUGGUCAAGGUCAGGCAAGUUUUUGGAAUUUUGUCUUUGUUAUUGGUCUAUAUGGUUUUCUUUAUUGUCAGUUUUAGUACUAUUUAUUUUUCAAAUACUUAUCUUUUCUAUUUGUUUUCCUGAAAAAGUGUCCAGAAUAUAUAACUCACAAUUUAAGAAGACAACCAGUUAAAAAGUGAGCAAAAGAUUGGCAUAGACAUCUUAUCAAAGCAGACAUAGGAAUGGCCAACAUGCACAUGAACACAUAAGACCUAACGUAGCCCUGGCUGGCUUGGCUCAGUGGGUAAGCGUCGGCCUUCGGACUGAAGGGUCCUGGGUUUGAUUCUGGUUAAGGGCACAUGCCGGGGUUGCGGGCUCCAUCCCCAGUGUGGGGCGAGCGGGAGGCAGCCGAUCCAUGAUUCUCAUCAUUGAUGUUUCUAUCUCUCCCUUCCCCUCUCUGAAAUCAAUAAAAAUAUACUUUUUAAAAAAGAUACCUAACAUAACUAGCCAUUAGGGAUGUUCCUUUUAGAGAAUGUUCCUUAAUGACAACACAGUUUAGCUAGAAUUCAGUAACAGUUACAAAAUCAGACCAUUCCUAUAGGUUUGGAAAGAAUUCAGUAACAGUUACAAAAUCAGACCAUUCCUAUAGGUUUGGAACUGUGCUUCAGUGAGCAAAGGGUCAAUGGGAGAAACUGGAUAACAAAAAUCACUUCAUGCUCCUAAAAUGGCUACAAAAAAACGACAUGCCCCAGCAGGUUUGGCUCAGUGGAUAGACAAACCUGGAUCUACGCCUCGCUCCUCAGGUGACCAGGGUCUGUCAAAUCAUGUCUGAACCUCCUCAGCCAGCACACGCACAGGAGAAAGUGCCGGAACCUCCAGGAAGCCGAGAUGGGGCGGAAACAGCGCCAUCUCACCUGGCUGCUAUGGCUGAGGGGAGCUUUUAUUAGAGCGCCGAGCACGGGACCUACACAACCCAAGUGCUCAGUAAAGAGUUUACCCAGAUCUCUGGCCCAAGUGGCUCAGUGGAUAGAGCAUCGGCCUGCGAACUGAAGGGUCCUGGGCUCGAUUCCGGUCAAGGACACAUGCUGGGGUGGUGGGCUCCAGUAGGGGGUGUGCAGGAGGCAGCCGGUCAAUGAUUCUCUCCCUCUCUGAAAUCAAUAAAAAUUAUUUUUAAAAAGAA